AUGGUCACCCAAAGGGGGGUUCCAGGGGCCCCCAGAACAGGGGUGGGGGGCAAGGAGGGUCGCAGUGAGAGGGUAGAGCGUUGGGAGAGACGGCGGUGGCCAAGAGGGCCAGGAGUCGACGUGGUGCAGGAGGCACGUCACGCAGUGCGCGCAGCGGUGCAGCAACCAAUGGGGAAGGUCGGCCUACCGCAGCGGGUGCGCAUCCCACAGCUGGAGGGAUGUGCACCGUUGGAUUGGCGAGUGGUGGGACCACUACCAACAGACCGGCCGCUAAGGGUCGUUGAGUUGUUUGCGGGGGUUGGAGCCGUCACGCAGGCGGUGGUCAGGCUUGGUUACUCUGUUGGGGAGGUCAUUGCGUGUGAACGCAGGGGGGCGGCAAGGGUCGUGCACAGGCACCAGGUGCUGCAGCUGGCCAAGGAGUUCCCCGCUCGGAUCUCAGCGCGAGCCUCGGCGCAAAUGCAUCAUCACCUGCCCCAGGACAUCCAGCUUGUCACGGAAACCCAUCUGCGAGAGCUGGAGCCAGUAGACUUGGUGGUGGCAGGGUGGCCGUGCCAGGGUAACAGCGCCGCGGGUACGGGGCAGGGGCUUGACGACGGUCGCUCAGGAUUGUUGACAGAGUUGCUGCGGGUGUUGGCGUGCAUGCAACGCCUGCACAAGGGCUGGGGGCAGCCUCUUGGGUAUAUAGUGGAGCACGUAGCCGCUGGGUUUGACAAGCGGCCAAAGGUGCGGGAACACUACGAGGCGGCGCGCGGGUUGCUGGGGCCAGAACUCGUAGUAGACGCCGCCCAGGUCGGGUCGCGAGCGCACCGUCUGCGUGCCUGGUGGACAAACCUCGAGGGGCCUGCGUUGCUGCGCGCAGCGCUGGCACAACAGGUUCGUCACCCUGGACUGUUUGUGCACCAGGUCUUGGGGCCUGGGAGGAAGGCCAAGCCGCCGUCAGGACAGGGGACGGCGCCAUGGGCAAAAGUGGAGAAGGUGGGGGAACCGCGUCGUGCCCUAAACACUUUCGUCAGCUACCCCGGAUCAUACGCGUUCUCCCGCGGGGGCGGGGCCGUUAUCCGGUGUGAGGCUCCCACCGGUGCCGUCAGCUUUGGGGAGCCAACGGCCGACGAGAGAGAACUAGCCAUGGGUUUUCCUCGUGGAUUCACCGCCGCGCCUGGGACGUCGGAGGGCGUGCGCAGAGAGCUCCUAGGCCAGGCAAUGGAUCUCAAUACCCUGCUGUGGCUGCUAGCAGCUUGCAAGGAAGGAGCCGCGCUGCGUUUGAACCGGCUGGGAGGGGGUAGAGGCACGGGGCAGCAGGUCCCCAAACUGCGCGCUGGCGGCGGAGCGGGAGGUGGCGCUGGCGGCGGAGUUGAAGCUGGCGCUGGCGGGAGCGCUGGAGCGGUCGGUGGAGCUGCGGUGGCGCGCGCUGGCGGCAGAGCUAGCGCCGGAGGGAGCGCCGGAGCUGGAGGGGCGCGCGCUGGAGGUGGCGGUGGCCCUGGCGGCGGAGCUGCAGGUGCUGGCACCAGAGCUGGAGUGGCGCCUGCUGCCGGCGUUGGAGCUGGCGCUGGAGCCUCGCGCUCUGGUGCCGGCAGGGUGUGUGCCGCUGCGGGGGGGGCGCAGCCAGGAGCGGCAGGGCCGGGAGUGGGCGCGAAGACAGGGGUGUGCAGUGGAAGCGCAGCUCCCUCAGUGAACGGAGGGGCAGGAGUGCUGGAGGCAGGGGUUGGAGAAGCAGGGGCUGAGCCGCCACGAGGGAGUAAGAUGAAGCAAGGCUGGGUCGUGGGGUCGCAACUGAAAGAUGAGGAAAAAGAGUAUGCCGCGGGGGUGGUGGAGAAGAAUCGCGAUGUGUUCGCGUUCAGUCUGGAGGAGAUUGGGCAGUUCAAGCUGUUUGAAGUCCAGUUGGAUUUAAAAACGGAUCAACCAAUCUUUGAGCGUCGGCGGAAGCACAGCGCGCGGGAGUGGGAGUUGGUUGACGAGAGGUGCCGGGAGUUGGAGACAGCGGGCAUAAUCGAGGAGUGCGACUCAGACUUCGCGGGUAAUUCGGUGGUGGCGGCCAAGAAGGAUCCGGACGGGAACUGGAAGUUGGCACGGUUUUGCACAGACCUGCGGAGGGUGAACGAGCAGACGGCGCAGGACCGCUACCCAAUGCCGUUGCCAGAGGAGGUGUUGGAGGGGCUGGGCCACGCCAAGUUCUACUCCACCAUCGACAUACGCGGGGCGUUUCACCAGCUGGUGGUGAGGAAGGAAGAUCGCAGGAAGCUGGCGUUCUGGUCCAGCAGUAAGCUUUACUGCUGGAAGCGGUGCCCUUUUGGAGCGCGCAACGCCAGCGCCUGGUUCCAGCGCGCGAUAGACCGGACGCUCAGGGGGUUCGAGGGGUUUGCGCGCAACUUCAUCGACGACCUGCUGAUAGAGGGAGGGGAGACACUGGAGGAGCACAUGGAGCUGGUUCAGCGCGUGUUCGAUCGGCUGCGCGAGGUGGGGCUCAAGUGUCACCCGGAGAAGUGUUGCUUCGGGGCAGACUCGGUGGAGUACUUGGGGAUGUGGCUGCACCCGGGGGUGGUGUCGCCACAGGUGGCAAAGGUGGCUGCCAUCGCCUCCUUGCCACGGCCAACUGAUGUGACGUCGGUGAAGGCAUUCUCAGGGGUGGUGAACUACUACCGCCAGUUCAUCCCCGACUGCAGCCGCCUGCAAGCCCCGUUGAACGCCCUAACCAAGAAGGGGGCCCCUUGGUGUUGGGGGGAGGAGCAGGAGCAGGCGUUUGUGGCCCUGAAGGGGGCACUGCAGGGGGGCCAGGUGUUGGUGUUGCCGCGGAGGGGGCGGCCGUUUAAGGUGCGCUGCGACUUGAGCAAGAAGGGCGUGGGCGGGGUCCUGUUGCAGCAAGAUGAGGAGGGGGUCGAGCGGGUGGUGGCAUACGGAAGCCGCAGCUGCAACCAAGCAGAGUCGCGUUACAGCAGCUUCGAGGGAGAGCUGCUAGCUGCGGUCUACUUUGUGCGGCUCUGGCGCCAGUACCUGUAUGGGGAGAGGUUUCAGCUGGAGAGCGACCACCAGCCGUUGCAGUGGAUCCUCACCAACUCCAAGCUUACUGGGAAGCUGGCGCGGUGGGCGCUCAUGCUAAGUGAGUUCGAUUUUGAAGUCAAGCACAAGCCGGGGGUUGACAACGAAAUGGACUGUCUCAGCAGGUUCCCCCGGCAGAGCACGGUGGACAGUGCGGGGGUGCGCCAGGAAGCCGACCUGGAGGCAGCAGGCAUGCUGGCAUGGUCAGCUGCGGCGUGCUUGUCCUGGCAGCCAGGAGAGCAGCAGGUCGGGGAGGCGGCGCGGAGGCCAGGCACGGAGGUGCAGGCACCGGUGGAUGUCUGGGAGGACUCGGGGCUCCUGGCGCUGUUGCAAGGGAGGGGCCCAGCGGUCGGAGGCAGCCCCCAAGAGCGUGACCGGCGGCGUCACAGGGCUCAGGGCUACGAGUGGCGGGGGGAUCAUCUGGUCAGGCGGCUGGUGAGUGGGGAGGCACGCGUGGUGCCCAGGCCUGAGGCGCGGGCGCGGCUAGUCCGAGAUGUCCACGAGCGCGCGGGGCACCUGGGGGUGCGCAAGACCCUGUCUCUUCUGCGGCCGCACUACUGGUGGGUGGGGCUGGCGACGGAGGUGGAGCGUGCGGUGCGCGGGUGUGAGGCGUGUGAUCGUGUGCGCGCCACGUUCAACGCCAAGCACCCCGCGCUUCAGCCCCUCCCCAUUAAGGGGUUGUUCUACCGGUGGGGGCUUGAUUUUGCAGGGCCUCUCCCCAAGACAGCCAAGGGCAGCCAGUAUGUGCUGGUGCUCGUCGAGCAUUUCAGCAAGACUGUGGUGCUGGCGCCCACGGGUGACAAGGAGCCGGCCCCGGUGGCAGAGGACUUCACGCGGGAGGUGUUGACGCGCUACGGAGCGUGUGCAGAGGUGGUCACAGACAGGGGGGGGGAGUUUGGCGCUGAAUUCCAAGCUUGUCUGGAUGCGGCGCUGAUUGAUCACCGCUCCACUUCCGCUCAUCACCCGCAGGCGAACGGGCUCAGUGAGCGGAUUGUUCAGGUGGUGAAGCGAGCGCUGCGUAAAUGGUGCCUCGGUCACCCAGCGGAUGAGUGGAACCUGUACCUGCCAUGGGUGUCCAUGGGGUACAAUUUCAGCAUGCAGCGAUCCCUGGCAGGCUUCUCCCCCUACCAGCUGCUGCAUGGACGGGAGCCUGUGGUGCCUGGAGCCAUCAAGGUGCGGGUGGAGGAGCCCCUCAAUUUGGAUGACGAGGCGCGGUUUGUGACAGUU